AUGGGUGGGGCAAGCUCUUCUAUUCAGGUUUAUGGUUUCUCUUGGCUGUAUGGUUCAUCUGGUGGAGAGAUCGAGCUUCCAGAAAUAGUGAAUGGUCUUAUCAAUACACAAAUGUAUAAUUCCUCGGGAAUUUCAAUUCCGCUUAUAUUCAUCACUGUAGGAAUUGGGUUCAAGCUUUCCCCACCCCCUUCUCAUCAAUGGACUCCUGACGUAUACGAAGGAGUGCAGUUAGAUCGAGAAAUUCCUAUCUCUCUGACUGCCUGGAGGAAAGAUCCCAACGAGAAGAGAAUGACUAAAUGUAAAUGGGCGAAGCACUCGAACUCAAAAUGUCUGGAAGGGAACUGGCUUCCGCAAUGGAGUGAUUUUCGUCAGGAUAUUUGUUCUCUGCUUAAAGUUAGCGAUGAUAGAGCUUAUGGUCAUAAGACUAUUCGUGAAGCCACAGUUUAUGAAAUUGAUGCUCAGUUUUCUCUUCCGUCUAUUCAGAAGAGUAGUGUUUCUUCUCGAAAAGUUUUAUCAUGUGGUGCUGGUGCUUUAGAUUCGUCGAUUUCUGUUCUUGUUGCUGAAGCUAGGGGAUUAAGAGAAGAUGCAGGUGAAGAUUUGAAGCAAUUUGAAGAUGUCCAAAUUCGACAUGCGUCUCGGGAGGCUAAUGCUGCCGCGGAUUGGAUGGCUCAUCGUGGCCACAUGACGACUAACACUACUUAUUGA